GAUACUACUUGGAUUCUUAACCUGCUGAGCCACAAUGGGAACUCCCCAGUGCUUGCUUUUGAAGAGUACGUUUGCCGAGACCUGAUUUCUUGGGGGAGUAGUAAGAAGAUAUUUUGGGGAUAGGAUAUGCCUUUUUACCAUCUUCUGAGCCACCAUACUUUUUUGGUUAGCGUAAUAAUUCUGUCCUUAGCCUGGUGCUGAAUACCAGCAGGAGUGGGUGCAUUCAAGUCAUACAUAGGCUUUAUAUCUUCCUCUUAGCUGUCAGUGCUGAAUUUGAAUGAGACUCGACUUCCCUGCCUUCAAGGGUUUAGGAAUAUGGAUGUAAUCUGGAUCCCAGAAGAACCAGAGAAACAGGUGAGUCCGGCUGAGAAGAAACAUAUAGUUUGCAGCCAGAAUGGAAAGAUGGAAAGAAAGAAAUCUGCAGGCAAGGACAGGUCAUCUCGGGUCCACACGGGAACAGGGGUGACGGUGCUUCCUUCGUCCCCAGUACACUUGUUGGAGCAACUCAGUUUAGAAUCCGUACCUUUCUGGAACCACUGUGACAUGUUACCUCAGGAUCUGCUGCAGGACCUCCUGCUGGAUAAAGGGAAAACCAUACCUUUUCCGGAGAUGAAGACACAGUUGACUGUGAUGAAGAAGAAACCUCCCCUGGAAAAGAGCCGACCUGACAGUGCCAUUUCUGCUAAGAUGUAUUUGUCUGUACACCGCCUCACCCUGCAAAGACCAGCACUGAGAUACCCCGAACAUUUGAGGAAGUUAUAUAACAACCUGACAACAGAAGGUGGCAGGAAGCAGCAGCGACCGCAACAGAAGAGGGUGAAGACACCUAGUAGGAAGCAGGAGGCCACAAAGAAAUCCAGGAGUGCAGCAGGGAGCCAUAAAACUUCACCUAAACAUUCAGGUCACAGAACGCUACCACAUCAGGAAGGUGACAAAAAGCAGCAGCAGCAGACUGAGACAGAAGGCCCUGCCGUGAAACAGGAUGCCACAAAGAGACCACAGAUGGCCUCCUCUCAGAAAUGCCUGGAUUCCUUCCCCAGUAAGAAAAGUGCUGAAUUACUCAAAAUAGAAUGUACUAGCAAGGACGUCAGGACUCAGGUGGAGGUUUUGCUGGAAGCCUCCAAGAGAACCCCAAACAGUGCUUCUAGAAUAGGCUGGCACCCUGAGCUCAAACUGCUGAGGAUUCUUCAGGCCACUGAUGAAGAGGACGAGGAGAACCAACCUUCUGGGACACAGAGUGAAGAGUCCCUGGAGGCGUAGGUGGAAGGCAUCACCAGGGCAGGCUCAUUGCAGAGCAGGAUGCUUGGAUCCUGAGGACAGCGACCUUGGCCAUGAGGGCGGGAAGGAGAGGGGACUGCUGCUCUCUGGAGCCUUUACUCGGGCCUGACCUUGGGGAUUCUGUUUGCUUCUACUUGCUUCUAAAAUAAGUGAGGGAGAAAAAGCCCUACCCCUUUCUAACAUAGUUUCUCUUCCAUCAGGGCCAGGAUAAUUUUAGUGAUUAAAUACAGCUGCUGCUUCAUCAAAA